GGAACGCACUACGGUGUCAAAUGUCAAAAACGAUUUUUGACGUUUGAUGUUUUCAUUUGUCAAUCGAUUCAAAGUCGCCAUUUAAAUAUAAUUGUCGGUUAACUUUAUAACGAGUGAAAUAGGUACGUCUGAUUCUAAAUGAUUUACUACUAUUGAAAUUGAUUUCGAAAGCUCCUUGUAACGGUACAUUUGAUUAACUAUGAUAAUUUUGACACUGCCAUAAUAAUUUGAGCAAAGAAGAUCAGAUUUCAGAUAUAAAAAUUAUCAUAGUGAAAAUCAAGUAGCCAUGUCCUCACAAGACGCCAUCUAAAUUAAUUUUAACGAUCGUUUUAGAUUUUGCCUCAGGAGUAUAGUUUGUAACUUUUAAAUGGGCUCAUAGCCCUAGUUUUAAUCAAAUUUCAGUACAAGCUUCCAAAAUGACUUCCGACAAUAUUAAUGUAGCCAUAAAGAUCAGACCAAUGAUCCAGCGCGAAGUAGCCGAUGGUCUAGAGCGUCUUUGGAAUGUUAGAGAAAACUGCAUAUGGGAAGCCGAUGAAAGUAGUCGCCAUGGAGAGGUUUAUAUAUUCGACCAUAUAUUUAACCAGGAAUGUACGAAUUCAGAUGUAUAUGGAUCUGUAGUAAAACCUUUAGUCGAUUCCUUUAUGGAAGGCUUCAAUGCCACAAUAUUUGCAUAUGGCCAAACAUCUUCUGGCAAAACACACACCAUUUUGGGCACUAAGACAGAUCCUGGGCUUUUCCAAUUAGUUUCCAAUCAGAUAUUCCAGCAUGUGGCAGACCAGGUUGAUAAGAGGUACUUGAUUAGAUGCAGUUAUAUAGAAAUCUACAAUGAAAAGAUCAAUGACCUCCUAGAUAAGAGCAAUCAGGGUUUAACUAUAAGAGAGGAUAUCAAAGGAAAUGUGCUGCUUGAUGCAAGGGAAGCUGUCGUAGACAACGUUGAUCAAGUUAUGGAGAACAUGAUGCAGGGCAAUAAGAUCAGACGAGUUGCAUCUACUCGCAUGAAUGAGAGGUCAUCUCGAUCACAUACGAUUUUCCGGAUUGCUCGAAAAAAUUCUCAAAAAGCGCAAGAAUGCAUCGACUUGCAAUACAGACUCGAUUAUCUGGAACAAAAUUAUAAAAAGACUUUAAAAACAUACGAGUCAGAAAUAGAAAUGCUGCGUACUCAACUGAGGAACCUAGGAAGAUCAGAGAGCCCUAAAAUAUCUCUUGAAGCUCAAAAUAUUGAGUUAAAAAAGAAGGUUGCAGACUUAGAAGCUAUGCUUGACGCUGAGUACGAGGAUAUGCAAGAUUCUCUAAGUAAGUUGCUUAUGUUGAAAGAUAUUUUAACGGAAACAUUUGAUGAUGUUCAAGGUGCUGCUACCCAAACUGAUGUAACGAUGUCACACAUUGCUGAACUGCAAGAUGAAAUUGGCUUUCUAAAAGAACUUGAAUCUAAACUAAGAAACGACAUAAAGAGUCUGAUGGACGAGAGUAACCAACGUGAGGUCAAACACUCAUUUGAAAUCUCAGAUAUACGAUGCCAGACUGAUUCGACUAUAAAAGACCUUCAGGAUCAAAUGGCUGAACUGAUUGUGAAAAAUGACGACGAAAAAAAAUUGCAACAACUAAUUACAAGCCCGAAGCAGGCUGGCACUGAACCAGAACCACCUGUGCAGGAAGACGUUGCAUUUUAUAGGGAGCAAGUUGAGUUCUCCCAGAACAUGUACAGAAAUAUGGUAAUUCAAAUGGAAGGUGCGAUGGAGAAAUUGAAGCUGGACCAUCAAAUCGACGUCAACGAACACAUGAAACAAGAAGCCGAGUUAUCAGACCGGUUGAGGAAGUCUGAAGAUCUAUGCUCUGAUUACCUAGAAUGUAUCCGGGAUCUCGAAAAGAAGUCCAAUUGCAUAAAUCACAGAUCGAAGUGAUGGAUGAGCUGCUGCAGGUAUACGAAGAAUCAGACGUUGAUAGAUUAAUUGAAGUGCAUGAGGACAAACGAAAGAAGUGCGAAGAGGAGUUCCAAGAAGUUGCAAAAAUAUAUACGGAAGAUUUCAGGUGCUUCAUGUCAGUGUUUGUCAAGUACCUUGAAGAAUUGAGAGACAUAGCAAGCCCAGAGGACAGAGAUAUGGCCGAAGAAUAUGUUUCUCUUUUCUCUGACGAGACGAACGAUCGUUAUCUGCUGAUGAAUACUUUCGUCGCGCAGACUAAGGAUUUCAAUAACAUCAGGUAUACGAAACUUAUCAAAAAGCUAAGACAAAUGUGUAACUAUUGGAUCUACCAAACAAAAACGACUAGAGAACGAGAACUCAGAGAUGCUAUCUUCAGGGAAAAUAGUAAUCUAAAGUAUCUUCAUAUAAUGAAGUUCAAUAUGGACUUCAAGGCCGACAGUAAAGUAAGAAUAGAGACGUUACAAGAAAUAAUCGAGAAAACUCAUGUACAACAUGCCAUCCAAACAACCAACUACCAAAACCAAAUAGCGCAACUAACAGCAGAAAAUGAGAAUCUAACCACCAUUCAUGAUGAAGAAACAGUCGAGAUAGCGAACCUGAUAUGUAAAGCCACUGGCCUAAGGAAUGCGCUCGAAGACGCUAAUGGAAAAAUCGAUGAACAAAUAGCAGAGAGAGCACGCCUCGUUGAAUCAACAUCUACAGAAAUUGAGAAACUGCAAGCUCAGCUAGAUGAGAAAGACAUACUAAUUGCCAAGUUGGAAUCCCAACUCUCCGUCCCGCAAGCCAGUGGUGGCGAUGCUGGUAAAUCGGAUGAGAUAAGCGCAUUAAAAAGCCAAAUUGAUGUUUUGACAAAGCAGUACCAAGAUGCAGAGGCUAAAGUUCAAGAAUUAACCAGAAUUAAGACAGAACUAGAAGCCGUUCGUGAAAACUUAUUAUCGACGGUUGAAACCCAAAUGAUCCAGGAGCAGCCGAAUAUAUUGAAAGAGACAUUUAGGCGGCUCAAAACGAGAAAUGAGGAGCUGAAAUCUGAGAACGCGGCGCGAAGAAUGCUAAUAACCGAACUCGAACAUCAGUUGGAGAAGCGGGAUUCGGAACCUUCAGAAGAAUAUAAAAAAAAGAUUGAGGAGUUGGUGAAUGAGAAAAUGAAGCUGAUACAGCAGGUGUACGAGUUGGAAAGAAGACUUCGGGAUCACGAGUCUGAUUUAGGAUCAGCAGCGUCCACGUCCACCAUUGCGCUAAGUACACAGGCGUCUUCUACGACCACCAGGCCGACCUCAUCCAAGCUGAGGCUUGAUUCACCUGAACUAUCGCCAAGAGACCUCACCAAAAUUAAGAGGCAUUCACUGCUUGAUUCUAGGAGAGGAUUGUUAACUUAUCAACAAGAGACACAGACACCAAUAUCUUCGGAAGAUCGUGAAAAAAAAUACACGCAAGAAGAAUGGGAUAAGUUGAUUGAACGUUUCGACAAGGACCUUGGCAUGAAAGAGGAACAAUUAAAAAAUUUCCGUCAUUCUGAAAGCAGACUGAGAAAUAAGAUCAAACAUCUGGAGAUUCAAAAAGAUUUUGUGGAAAAAGUACAAAAGGAAAACGAAAGACUGAGACAGGAGAAUCAGAAUCUCCAUCGCAUUAAGAGAGAACACGAAUUGUUAAAGAAAGAACAUAAAGAUGCACUACACCGUCUAACACAGUGUAGCGAAGAUCUAAAUGAUACCAAAGCGACGCGAAAAGCAUAUUUUGAACAACUCUAUGCGUGUAAGGAACGUAAUAAGGUCUUGGAGAAGGAAAAUGAGCAAUUAUUGAAGGCAAAAGCAGAAACUGACCCAAGUGUGAUACAGAAUUUGGAGAAAGAGUUGAAAAUUAGCAAUGAAGUUAUACAGAAGCUUGAAUUUCAAAUGGAAGAGUUAACUGCGCCAGAUCGCAGUCCAAAGAAACAGUUGGAAAUAGAACGCGAUCAGCUUCUAAGAGAAAAACACCAAAAAGAAUACUAUACCAAGGAUUUGGAAAGACGUGUGGGGCUUCUUGAAGGACGUCUAAGGGAUCUGAAUGAGGAGCUUAACCAAAUGGGCGGAGAAAAGCAGGCAGCUGAAGAAGAGUAUAAAAAGAGGAUCGACACUCUGGAGAACAAGCUCAGUUUGGUGAAAAAGCUUGCAAUAAUGCGAAGAAAAGAAAUAGUUCAGUUAAGGCAACUUUUAGGACUGGGCGAGGAGGAUCCUGUCCCUUCGACUGUUCAAAAAUAGGUGUUCCUAUUUCCUAAUUGCCUUACGCUUAAACUGUGAUACUAGUCAACUGUGAUGAAUGUGCCAUAUGUACAGUUUUGUAGCAGAUAUAUGCUUAAGUUCUUAGUUACUGUAUUUUAUGUACAUUGUAUAUAACUUCUCAUCUCAUGUAUCACCGUACUCCUGUAUGUCAACCUGAGCUUUCCUAUGCUGUCCAAGGAACACAACACCCAAUACCUUUCUUGACGCUUUGUCCAAGCAAGCAAUUCGAAAUAGUGUUUUUGAAAAGUCUCCCUCCCAUUUCAUCAAGCUCAUAUUCAGAGUGAUGAAUUUAAUGCAUUAAUAAUAUAUAUGUGACAGCUGAAAAUGUCAAUAUGGUGACUGGAAGCAUUUUUUGAAUGGCAUAAGAGGGCAUAGCUUAGGAAUUGCUUGUCACUAUUUUAUAACUGUAGAAUAUAAAUUUUCUGUAAUUCAAAAUGACGGUUUCGUAUAUUAAAUCGCUUAUCAACUAAUCAUCAAAAUGCAAAUCUUUUGGAAGGGUGUAACGUCUAGUUGGAUAUGCAAUAGAAUAUUAGACCAUUUACUCGAAAGAAUUUGGCACUAUUUGAAAUUGUUUUAAAAUUGAAUGUUCCAUGUUGUACUAAACAUUCGGAUAGAUACUUUCAAGAAGAUUUAUAUAACAUACAUAACAUGUUUUGAUGAUUGCUUGUUGAGAUAUACAAACUAGCCGAUCCAUCAUUUUGAAAGAAGAUAGACGUGGAAGUUAAAUAUUUAUGUUGCAUUUUGUGAUGUUCAAUAUAUAAAGCCCUAAAUAGGCUUUGUUAUGUUUUUUUCAGUAUUAUAUUUGUAUUUAGUUAGGUUGUUCGAUAGUUCAAAUGUUUUGUGAUUAUAUCUGUAAUGUUUUGACUGUACAAAGACAUUUUGUAGCUCUCUAUUCCAAGUAACAACACAAAUAAGUUUGUCUAAAUAGUUUCUCGUAAUUUGAGAGGUGCCAUAUAGUUGUGUCAUACAGAAUCGACUGUCAUUACCAGUCAUACUGUAGUUCUUAUUUUUUUACUUAUUCUCGUUUUGUAUAUAGCUAGUGUAUUUGAUUGUUUUUGAAACGCUUAAGACGCGUAUGUUGUUAUACCGUUCUUGGUUUCAUUUUGCUUGAAAAGCUUGUUUGUGUUCGGUUAUUUAUUUAUUAUACGUUUAGUUGUCGUUACUUUUUAAAACCCGACUGGGAGAACUGAUGUUAUUUAAACAUUCCAUUCCUAAUAAAAGUUUGCAUUCCUG